UAACGCUGACCGGCACGGAACCAGCGACUUCGCCCCAGGAACGACGACGCCUCUCUGAGAGUCCAUUAUCAGCGACAAUCAGGCGCGACAUGCGAGCGAUUCGAAACUAUUGUUAAAGCCGCAAAACAGAGUUACCCUAAUAGAGCAAUCAAUAGCGAAAGCAUGAGUGCGAACAAUAACCAAGCGGAGUUCCUCGUAGCGGCAAGCGAGAAGCGUUUACACACGCGGGAAGAGAGCAUGAGUAGGAUCAGUUUCGGCCACGAGAAUCAACGAUCGAACUCGAAGCUGGAACAGUUGGACAUUCUUGCGGCAGAGCUCAUUGACUCGGCCAACGCCAUUGACAAACCCGGCGAAAUUCCCUCGGAACAUCAGGCACCGGCGAUCAUAAAACAUGCAAUGCGCGAGGAGGAGCUCGUCUCCGCGGAUACCUCUAUCGAUUAUGCCGCGAGCUAUUACAUCGAGCAUAGCGAAAGCUGGGGUGAGGUCAACUAUGGGACAGCGCCGGUCCAUCGAACGAACGAGACGAUGGUCGUACGCGAGACCGAAAACAAACGAAACGAUAGCCUCGAAGUUCAAGACGUGACCGAUCUUGAGCUCGAUACGCACCUUCUGCAAUCGGGACAGAGCUACAUUGUCGAGUAUGAGAGCAAGAGCGGUCUGGAAGAGGAACUUAAGCAGACACAGCCGCGUAGAAGGAUCGAGCGUAGGUCCGACACGGUGGACAUCCGAAAGGUUGCGGAGGAACGUCCGAUGGAGGAGCUUGGCUACACCAUCGAAGAAUUCACGAGCGCUAAUACGACUACGACCGUAACGAUGGAGCAACCGAAACAACAAAAACAACAGUUGCAGAGGCGCGAAACCAACUUAGAGCAGGUGCGUUCUAACGGAAGUAGGAAUCUACAAGAAGUAAACAAGUCAACUUACACUACGAACACCACGUGGGAUGGAACUUUUAUUUCGGAGCAACCUACUCAGCAACUUUUGACGACGACGGUUAUGUACGAACAGCCUUGUGGGCCUGAUGAGACUGAUGAGAUCCGACAGACGAAGGUUACUGCCACGGAAAUUGAGGUUCGCGUUGAGGCAACAAGGCCAACGCCCACCCCGAGGAAGCUCAACACCUCCACCUGGGAUGAUUCCUUCAUCCAUGAAAAUUCGCAAGAGAUGAGCCAACAAAACGAAAUCAUCGUCCUUGGGGAGGAUCAUGUGCGCGAGUCUGUCAAAUCCGCCCGGGAUUCGAACGAGAACCGGGACUAUUUCACGAGCAAGAUCAAAAAUGUCGAUGCAACGCAGUUAAAUACUAGUAUGGUAGUGCAAGAUGUCGAUAAGGAACAAUAUGAGAAAAUCAACAACUUCUCAAAUACGCAGUUACCAUCUCCAACAUCUCCAAUACGAUAUUCACUCGAUCAACCUAAGAAUGUCCAAGCUAAACCGAAUCUCGAGCAGAAUGGCACUGAAUCGAAAAAACCAGAAACAAUUCGAAAUGAUUCAACGUCGAUAUACACGCAAAAACGGCUAUCGGAAACAAAAACUACUAAAUCACUGGAAUGUAUGCAAUUGGAAAUUACAGUGUGUGAACCAACCAAUUCAUCCACUCCGCAGGAAAAAAGUUCGAGAAAAAAUGUUCCCAAUUCUAAAAAUUCUCCUUCAAAAGUUCCAGACUUUGUAACUACGAUUACUGCUAAAGAACAAUGUAUUUGUGAGCUUUGUACAUGUGGGCGUCAUCGUUGUCCUCAUAAUGAUUUUCAAGAUCAUCUGAAAAUUUCAGACGAACCACUUAUGACUAUAACUUCUUAUAAAGAGGAAUAUGAUAAAAAAUCUGUAGAUAGAGAAAUUAAUUAUUACAAUGCUGAUCAUUUACAUAUAGAAGAGGAAUUUAUUGGGGAGAGACGACAUGAUUACACAGCUACUAAAGAUUUAUCAACAUCGUUAGAUUUUCUUGGUAUAUCUGGAGAAAACCCAAGUACUGAGCGUCGCAACACUUAUACUAAAGUAGAAGGUGAAUUUAUAGAUACGACCAAAUCGAAAACAGAGUGUAUUGAUCAUGAUAGAACCGAAACUAUUCAAAUAACAGACAGAUUCAAAUCUAAGGGGCCGUUUGAACGAGUAGAAAUUAUAAAACGUACAGAUGAUAUUCAAUUGGAGGAUGAGAAAAAGAUUUCCGGAAUAAGCAAUGAUUAUACAGAUACUGUUAUUUGCGAGCGCACAGAAGUUACAGAAUACGAAAAUAAUCUUAAAAUGAAAAAUGAAAUUAUCGAUAUAAAUAUACAACAUGAAAAAGAGAUUAAUCGAACAGAACAAAAUUCAUACAAUCUUAUUGAAAGGCGCUCACCUAUUAAACAAACCAAUAAUCUGAAAUUAGAAGGAGAAUUUGAUCGUCCAGAAAAAGCGCCAUAUAGAUCCGGUGAAAAACGUUCACUGAUUAUACAGACAAAUAAUCUUAAAUUAGAAGGGGAAUUUGAGCGCCCAGAAAAGACUCCAUAUGAACCUAGUGAGAGACGUACACCUAUUAAACAGAUUGCUAAUCUAAAAAGUGAAGGGGAAUUCGAAAAACGAAUAAUUGAGAAAGCUCCUAUGAAAGGUGAUAGAUCCAACAUUAAAAAGCCAAAGGACCAUUUAAAACCAGAAGGAUCUUUCGAAGGUCGACCAAAAGAUGACUAUAAACCUACUAAAGGAGAAAGGGCUGAGAUUAUAAAACACACGGAUAAUCUUUACAUGGAAGGCGACAUACAAAUAUGCACAUCACGGGAUGAUUAUCCCAAUUUUGUAGUUGGGCAACGAACACAAGUUACAAAACACGAAGAUAAUCUUCGUAUAGAGGGAGAAUUUAUUGAUAUGGAAACACGAGAUGAUUAUCAAGUUAUAAUGGCAGAACGUAUGGAUAUCAUUAAGCACGAAGAUAACCUAAAAUUAGUGGGUGAGAUUAACAUUCCAGAAAAAAUACCGUUUAAAACUGGUGAAAGACGUUUACCUAUAAAGCAGACUGAUAAUUUGAAGAGUGAAGGCGAAUUCGAAAAACGAAUUAUUGAGAAAGCUCCUACUAAAGGUGAUAGGGCCGAGAUUAAAAAGCCAAAAGAUCAUUUAAAAUCAGAAGGACCUUUCGAAGGACGACCGAAAGAUGACUAUAAACCUACUAAAGGAGAAAGAGCUGAGAUUAUAAAGCACACGGAUAAUCUUUACAUGGAAGGCGACAUACAAAUAUGCACAUCACGGAAUGAUUAUACCGACUUUAUUGUUGAAGAACGAACGGAAGUUACAAAACACGAAGACAAUCUUCGUAUGGAGGGAGAAUUUAUUGAUAUGGAAACACGAGAUGAUUAUCAAGUUAUAAUGGCAGAACGUAUGGAUAUCAUUAAGCACGAAGAUAAUCUAAAGUUGGAGGGAGAGAUUAACGUACCAGAAAAAAUACCGUUUCAAACUGGUGAAAGACGUUUACCUAUAAAACAGACUGAUAAUUUGAAGAGCGAAGGCGAAUUCGAAAAACGAAUUAUCGAGAAAGCUCCUACUAAAGGGGAUAGGGCCGAGAUUAAAAAGCCAAAAGAUCAUUUAAAAUCAGAAGGACCUUUCGAAGGUCGACCGAAAGAUGACUAUAAAUCUACUAAAGGAGAAAGAGCUGAGAUUAUAAAGCACACGGAUAAUCUUUACAUGGAAGGCGACAUACAAAUAUGCACAUCACGGAAUGAUUAUACCGACUUUAUUGUUGAAGAACGAACGGAAGUUACAAAACACGAAGACAAUCUUCGUAUGGAGGGAGAAUUUAUUGAUAUGGAAACACGAGAUGAUUAUAAGGUUGUAAAGGGUGAGCGUAUGGAAAUCAUUAAACACGAAGAUAACCUAAAAUUAGAGGGUGAGAUUAACAUUCCAGAAAAAAUACCGUUUAAAACUGGUGAAAGACGUUUACCUAUAAAGCAGACUGAUAAUUUGAAGAGUGAAGGCGAAUUCGAAAAACGAAUUAUUGAGAAAGCUCCUACUAAAGGUGAUAGGGCCGAGAUUAAAAAGCCAAAAGAUCAUUUAAAAUCAGAAGGACCUUUCGAAGGACGACCGAAAGAUGACUAUAAACCUACUAAAGGAGAAAGAGCUGAGAUUAUAAAGCACACGGAUAAUCUUUACAUGGAAGGCGACAUACAAAUAUGCACAUCACGGAAUGAUUAUACCGACUUUAUUGUUGAAGAACGAACGGAAGUUACAAAACACGAAGACAAUCUUCGUAUGGAGGGAGAAUUUAUUGAUAUGGAAACACGAGAUGAUUAUCAAGUUAUAAUGGCAGAACGUAUGGAUAUCAUUAAGCACGAAGAUAAUCUAAAGUUGGAGGGAGAGAUUAACGUACCAGAAAAAAUACCGUUUCAAACUGGUGAAAGACGUUUACCUAUAAAACAGACUGAUAAUUUGAAGAGCGAAGGCGAAUUCGAAAAACGAAUUAUCGAGAAAGCUCCUACUAAAGGGGAUAGGGCCGAGAUUAAAAAGCCAAAAGAUCAUUUAAAAUCAGAAGGACCUUUCGAAGGACGACCGAAAGAUGACUAUAAACCUACUAAAGGAGAAAGAGCUGAGAUUAUAAAGCACACGGAUAAUCUUUACAUGGAAGGCGACAUACAAAUAUGCACAUCACGGAAUGAUUAUACCGACUUUAUUGUUGAAGAACGAACGGAAGUUACAAAACACGAAGACAAUCUUCGUAUGGAGGGAGAAUUUAUUGAUAUGGAAACACGAGAUGAUUAUCAAGUUAUAAUGGCAGAACGUAUGGAUAUCAUUAAGCACGAAGAUAAUCUAAAGUUGGAGGGAGAGAUUAACGUACCAGAAAAAAUACCGUUUCAAACUGGUGAAAGACGUUUACCUAUAAAACAGACUGAUAAUUUGAAGAGCGAAGGCGAAUUCGAAAAACGAAUUAUCGAGAAAGCUCCUACUAAAGGGGAUAGGGCCGAGAUUAAAAAGCCAAAAGAUCAUUUAAAAUCAGAAGGACCUUUCGAAGGACGACCGAAAGAUGACUAUAAACCUACUAAAGGAGAAAGAGCUGAGAUUAUAAAGCACACGGAUAAUCUUUACAUGGAAGGCGACAUACAAAUAUGCACAUCACGGAAUGAUUAUACCGACUUUAUUGUUGAAGAACGAACGGAAGUUACAAAACACGAAGACAAUCUUCGUAUGGAGGGAGAAUUUAUUGAUAUGGAAACACGAGAUGAUUAUCAAGUUAUAAUGGCAGAACGUAUGGAUAUCAUUAAGCACGAAGAUAAUCUAAAGUUGGAGGGAGAGAUUAACGUACCAGAAAAAAUACCGUUUCAAACUGGUGAAAGACGUUUACCUAUAAAACAGACUGAUAAUUUGAAGAGCGAAGGCGAAUUCGAAAAACGAAUUAUCGAGAAAGCUCCUACUAAAGGGGAUAGGGCCGAGAUUAAAAAGCCAAAAGAUCAUUUAAAAUCAGAAGGACCUUUCGAAGGUCGACCAAAAGAUGACUAUAAACCUACUAAAGGAGAAAGAGCUGAGAUUAUAAAGCACACGGAUAAUCUUUACAUGGAAGGCGACAUACAAAUAUGCACAUCACGGAAUGAUUAUACCGACUUUAUUGUUGAAGAACGAACGGAAGUUACAAAACACGAAGACAAUCUUCGUAUGGAGGGAGAAUUUAUUGAUAUGGAAACACGAGAUGAUUAUAAGGUUGUAAAGGGUGAGCGUAUGGAAAUCAUUAAACACGAAGAUAACCUAAAAUUAGAGGGUGAGAUUAACAUUCCAGAAAAAAUACCGUUUAAAACUGGUGAAAGACGUUUACCUAUAAAGCAGACUGAUAAUUUGAAGAGUGAAGGCGAAUUCGAAAAACGAAUUAUUGAGAAAGCUCCUACUAAAGGUGAUAGGGCCGAGAUUAAAAAGCCAAAAGAUCAUUUAAAAUCAGAAGGACCUUUCGAAGGACGACCGAAAGAUGACUAUAAACCUACUAAAGGAGAAAGAGCUGAGAUUAUAAAGCACACGGAUAAUCUUUACAUGGAAGGCGACAUACAAAUAUGCACAUCACGGGAUGAUUAUCCCAAUUUUGUAGUUGGGCAACGAACACAAGUUACAAAACACGAAGAUAAUCUUCAUAUAGAGGGAGAAUUUAUUGAUAUGGAAACACGAGAUGAUUAUAAGGUUAUAAAGGGUGAGCGUAUGGAAAUCAUUAAACAUGAGGAUAAUUUAAAACUGGAAGGCAAUAUUGAGCGGCCAGAAAAAAUUACAUACAGUCCUAUUGAAAGACGUACACCAAUAAAACAGAUGAACAAUCUUAAAUUGGAAGGAGAAUUCGACAGGCCAGUACCUAAAGAAUUUAUACCUGCAGAACGGCCAAAACAAAAGAAACCCAGUGAUAAUUUGCACCCUGAAGGAGAGUUUGAUAGACAGCCAAAACCGAAAGCACCUGUUAAAGGUGAAAGAGCAGAUGUGAUAAGACCGCAGGAUAACUUGAAACCAGAAGGUGAUAUUGCACGACCUGAAAAGACUCCGUAUAAGCCUAGUGAAAGACGUUCACCGAUUAAGCAGACAAACAAUCUUAAAUUGGAAGGUGAAUUCGAUAGGCCAGUGCCUACAGAAUUUGUACCUGCAGAACGGCCGAAACAGAAGAAACCCAGUGAUAAUUUGCAUCCUGAAGGAGAGUUUGAUAGGCAGCCAAAACCGAAAGCGCCUGUUAAAGGUGAAAGAGCGGAUGUGAAAAAACCGCAGGAUAACCUGAAACCCGAAGGUGAUAUUAUACGACCCGAAAAGACUCCAUAUAAGCCUAGUGAAAGACGUACACCGAUUAAGCAGACAAACAAUCUUAAAUUGGAAGGUGAAUUCGAUAGGCCAGUGCCUAUAGAAUUUGUACCUGCAGAACGGCCGAAACAGAAAAAACCCAGUGACAAUUUGCAUCCUGAAGGAGAGUUUGAUAGGCAGCCAAAACCGAAAGCGCCUGUUAAAGGUGAAAGAGCGGAUGUGAAAAAACCGCAGGAUAACCUGAAACCUGAAGGUGAUAUUGCACGACCUGAAAAGACUCCGUAUAAGCCUAGUGAAAGACGUUCACCGAUUAAGCAGACAAAUAAUCUUAAAUUGGAAGGUGAAUUCGAUAGGCCAGUGCCUAUAGAAUUUAUACCUGCAGAACGGCCGAAACAGAAGAAACCCAGUGAUAAUUUGCAUCCUGAAGGAGAGUUUGAUAGACAGCCAAAACCAAAAGCGCCUGUUAAAGGUGAAAGAGCAGAUGUAAAGCGACCACAGGAUAAUCUUAAACCUGAAGGCGAGAUGGACCACCCAGAGAAAAUUUCAUAUAAACCCGGUGAAAAAGUUUCGUUAAUCAAACAAUCAAAUAAUCUUAAAUUAGAAGGAGAAUUUAAUCGCCCAGAAAAAAUUCCUUAUAAAACUACGGAACGACGCCUACCUAUAAAACAAGUUGAUAAUUUGAAGAAUGAAGGUGAAUUUGAAAAACGUCCAACGGAGAAAGCUCCCACAAGGGGGGAUAGAGCGGAAGUUAAAAAGCCACAAGAUCAUUUGAAACUGGAAGGUUCUUUCGAAUGUCGCGCUAAAAAUGAUUAUAAAUCAAUUAAAAUAUUAGAAAGACCCAUGCCUAUUGUUCCACAUGAUAAUUUAUCUCCGGAAAAAGAAUUAGAUAGAACUUCGAAAUCUCAUGGUUUUAUAAAGGAUAAAACUGAAAAUAUGAAAUCCACGCUUGUUAAGCAUUCAAUUAAAUCCGAAGAUAUAUGCACUAAGUCAGUAGCUGAUCAAUGCAUUAUUAAUUAUCAAGAAGAGUCUGAUUUAGGUAUUGAAAUGUCAAAAGCUCAAAAAUCUGAACGACGAAAUGCAAUACGUCAUUCAGAUUUAAGAAAUGAAAGUGAUUUCGAAAAAACACUUCGUGUAGACUCAACAGAUAAAAUAAUGUUGAAAAAAUCUUACGAUAAUGUACGAUCGGAAAGCGAAACAGGUAAUAUUCAUUUACUAAAAAACAACAAUCAACAUACCAGUGGAGAUAAUUAUCGCACUCAAUCAUUCAAACGUGAAGACCAUUUACGAAUGGAAGGUCGUUUUGAAACGCACAACUCGAGUGACGAUUAUAAUCAAAUUAAAAGUGUAGAUAGAAUGCAUAGACGUCAAGAUAAUCUGAGAAUAGAGGAAGAAUUUUCUGACAAUUACAAGAAGACAAUGAAACAUUUAGAAAAUUUAAAGUCAAAUGUCGAAUUCAUGGGUAGAACUAAAGAAGAUUACAUUCCGCGAAAAGUUGAUAAAUCUGACGUUAUUCGGCAAGAAGAUAAGCUACAAAUGUCUGGUGCCUUCGAUGGUGCUACGUGUACGAAAACCAGUUAUACAUCAGUUCACGGUGAGCAUACCGAAAUUCGAAAACACGGUUAUACUGUGAACGAGAAAACAAACGAGGCCCAUCAGCAAAUUACUCAGGGUGAACAGCUAGUGUCUCCAAGUAUUUUAAAUCGCAUAGAGAAUAAUAUGAAGCACAGCGAAAACAAGACAACCUCGUCAAAAACAUCGAUUUAUCGAGAGGAGAGCUCUUUGAAGCAGAGGCAAGAAUUUGAAAAGCAGCAGGAGCAGUUGAAACACGAUUACGUGAAUCGAAAGCACAGCGACACAAAGCAAAUAAGCAUCGAUGAAACAAAUCGCACAGCUUCGCCAACGAGAACCGGGCACAAGCGUUGGAAUAUCAUAUCUUCAAAAACAGAUAUUAGCAAUACAGCACUCCAUCGGCGUAUAGCUAGCGCCGAAAGAGAAAGAACUAGCAUAAGAGAAUUUGAUCAAGUGAUAGAGAGUAAUAGUGAGAAGAAGAAUCAGUCAUCGCUGCAACGUAGUGUCAAAGACGGCGGUAAUCCCUGGGCUUCAUCGAGUUACGAACGCGAGUCCCGAGUCGUUAAGUCUCUUCCGAAAGACAAUCUGCACGUUGGGGGCUCAUUCUACCACUCGAGCGAAGCCAAAAGUUACGGUAACUUCAGCAAUAACGAUAAGGUCCAGAGGGUUGAGCAUAUGCGCGUUCAAGGCAAUGUUUCGCAUAUAACUCUAGGGGACGGUAGGUCCAGCAGCGCACAUUCCUCUAGCCUCUACAAAAAAGAAUUUGUGUCGAGACAAAAAGGACCAUGCCCAGCUGCUCUUCUGCAAGCUGACAAGGCACCUUUCAAGCAUACUCGAGAUACUCCAAGACACAAGUUCUAUAUGCCCGUCGUCGAGACUAACUAAUUCAUUUCCUUCAUUUUCCCCCUUCUAUUGUAAUUCAUUAUUUUAACAAUUAUCAAUUUGGACUGUGAUAAUAAAAAA